CGCUGCCAACUUUUGAAUCUGAGCGCGUGCAACCACACUGCCUUCCCGGGCCAGGCAACACAAGAUUUCGUGACCCCCUGGCCACUCACUCUUCGGACAGAGGCUCGAGCAGACUUUCGACCUCCUCCCCACCUGCCCUCCCCAACCGUCGAGCCCCGUAACAAAGCAGUGCAGAGGCCAGCUGAGUGCUUGGGGCCUGCGACCUGCCAAUUUGAAUGCGGCCAGCACUUCGCCGCUGCUUUCCCUCGCUACCACCACUACCUUUCGGUUCUACUCCACGUCUGCUGCGCAUUCCGACCCCUCGACCUCGACACCACCGGCUGCCGCUGCAUCCGGCUCGACGUCCGCUCUCGUCCCCAUCGACGGCGCGGCCAGCCCACCCAGCACCAUGAACGGCCCCAAUCUGACCACGCGCUCCAAGCGCAAGGAGCCGCCGCAUGCCGUCGACAACCGGCAUCCCAAGCAUCACCGCCCGAACGGGGACCUGUCCUCCGGCGGCGACAACACCCCUGACAGACCUGACGAAUUCGAGCCGCCUUACGAGGAGUACGACGACCACGACCCGAGGUUGUCCGCCCUCCUGCCCGCCGGCCCGGACACGGCCGAGUGGCAGGCGACCAUCCAGAAGGUGGUCAAGAAUGUCGUGUCGAUCCGCUUCUGCCAGACCUGCUCCUUCGACACCGACCCGGCCUUGACGAGCGAGGCGACGGGCUUUGUCGUCGACGCAGAGAGAGGAUACAUUUUGACGAACCGUCACGUCGUUGGCGCCGGCCCCUUCUGGGGCUACUGCAUCUUCGACAACCACGAGGAGGUUGACGCUUACCCGGUCUACCGCGACCCCGUGCACGACUUCGGCAUCCUCAAGUUCGACCCCAAGGCCAUCAAGUACAUGCCCGUGUCUGCCCUGCCGCUGCGGCCCGACCUCGCCAAGGUCGGCGUCGAGAUCAGGGUGGUGGGUAACGAUGCCGGCGAAAAGCUGAGCAUCCUCUCCGGCGUCAUUAGCAGGCUGGACCGCAACGCGCCAGAGUACGGCGAUGGAUACAGCGACUUCAACACCUGCUACUACCAGGCCAGCGCCGCAGCCAGCGGUGGCAGUUCCGGCAGUCCUGUCGUCAACAUUGACGGAUAUGCCGUUGCCCUGCAGGCCGGCGGCCGAGCCGAUGGUGCUGCGACCGAUUACUUCCUGCCGCUGGAUCGGCCUCUCCGAGCCCUGAAGUGCCUGCAGGAAGGGAAACCGAUCACGCGGGGCGACAUCCAGUGCCAGUUCCUGCUCAAGCCGUUUGACGAGUGCCGGAGACUCGGCCUGACCCCGGAGUGGGAAGCGCAGGUCCGCAAGGCCUUCCCGAAGGAGACCAACAUGCUGGUUGCCGAGAUCGUCCUGCCGGAGGGCCCUUCGCACCACAAGAUCGAGGAGGGCGACGUCUUGAUCAAGGUGAACGGCGAGCUGUUGACGCAGUUCAUCCGGUUGGACGAGAUCCUCGACUCGAGCGUCGGCCAACCCGUCAAGCUCUUGCUUCUCCGCGGCGGCGAAGAGGUCGAGGUAGAGAUCGAGGUUGGCGACCUGCACAAGAUCACGCCCGACCGCUUCGUCUCGGUCGCCGGCGGCAGCUUCCACAGCCUCUCGUACCAGCAAGCCCGUCUGUACGGCGUCGCCUGCAAGGGCGUCUACGUGUGCGAGGCCGGCGGGUCGUGGCGGUUCGACAACUCGGAGAACGGCUGGCUGAUCCAGUCGGUGGACCACAAGAAGACGCCGGAUCUCGAGACGUUCAUCGAGGUGGUCAAGAACAUCCCGGACAAGGCUCGCGUCGUGGUCACGUACAAGCACCUGCGCGACCUGCACACGCUGAACACGACCAUCAUCUACGUCGACAGGCACUGGUCCAAGAAGAUGAAGCUGGCGGUCCGGAACGACGAGACCGGGCUGUGGGACUUUUCGAACCUGGCGGACCCCCUGCCGCCGGUCCCGCCCGUCCCCAGAAAGGGUUCCUUCAUCCAGCUGGAGCACACAUCGCACCCGGCCGUGGCCGACCUGGUGCGCAGUUUUGUGCACGUCACCUGCACGAUGCCGGUCAAGCUCGACGGCUUCCCCAAGAACCGUAAGUGGGGGAUGGGGCUUGUCAUCGAUGCCGACAAGGGCCUCGUGGUAAUAUCGAGAGCGAUCGUGCCGUACGACCUGUCCGACAUCAGCAUCACCAUCGCGGACUCCAUCGUGGUCGAGGGCAAGGUCGUGUUCCUGCACCCGCUGCAGAACUACGCCAUCAUCCAAUACGAUCCGAAGCUCGUCGACGCGCCCGUGCUCAGCGCCAAGCUCAGUUCCGAGGAGAUCACGCAGGGCGCGUCGACCUACUUCAUCGGCUACAACCGCAUCGGGCGCAUCGUGCACGCGGCCACGACGGUGACCGAGAUCUUCGCCGUGACGAUCCCGGCCAACUCCGGGGCGCCCAGAUACCGGGCCGUCAACGUGGACGCUAUCACCGUCGACACCAGCCUGAGCGGGCAGUGCGGCAGCGGCGUGCUCGUCGCGCAGGACGGCACCGUGCAGGCGCUCUGGCUGACUUAUCUCGGCGAGCGGAACCCGACGACGCACCGCGACGAGGAGUAUCACCUCGGCCUGGCCACGCCGACCCUGCUGCCCGUGGUGAAGCAGAUCCAGGCGGGCAUCGUGCCCAAACUGCGCAUGCUGUCGGUCGAGUUCCGGGCGAUCCAGAUGUCGCAGGCGCGGCUGAUGGGCGUGUCGGAGGAGUGGAUCCACCGGGUGUCGCUGGCCAACACGUCGCACCACCAGCUCUUCAUGGUGACCAAGCGCACGUUCGAGCGCGAGGAGCAGGACGGCGCCGCGGCGCUGCUCGAGGGCGACGUGCUGCUCACGCUGAACGGCAAGAUCAUCACCAAGAUCUCGGACCUCGACGUCAUGUACUCGCACGAGUACCUCGACGCCGUCAUCGUGCGCGACUGCCGCGAGCUGAGCCUGCGGCUGCCGACGGUGGCGGCGCACGACGUCGAGACGGACCGCGCCGUGUCGUUCUGCGGCGCCAUUUUCCACCGCCCCCACCACGCGGUCCGCCAGCAGAUCAGCAAGCUGUUCAGCGAGGUCUACGUGUCGGCCCGCACGCGCGGCUCGCCCGCCUACCAGUACGGCUUGGCGCCGACCAACUUCAUCACGCACGUCAACGGCAAGCCGACGCCGGACCUGCAGUCGUUCUUGGACGAGGUGGUCAAGAUCCCGGAUAAUACUUACUUCCGCCUCCGGGCCAUGACGUUCGACAGCGUGCCGUGGGUGGUGACGAUGAAGAAGAACGAGCACUACUUCCCGACGGUGGAGCUGAUCAAGGACCCCACCGAGGAGUGCGGCUGGCGCCGCGUCACGUACGAGGGCGGCCGGGUCAUCGAGGGCGAGGGCCCAGACGGCGUGGUCGCGCCGGCGGGCGAGAGCACGGAUAUGGAUGUGGAAGCGGGCAUGUGCGAUUAACUGUAUAUACAUUUUCACGAAGGAGGGAGAGCGGAAGUGGAUAUAGUUGGACGGGAUGUUUUCAUCUGCGGAAAGGGGGCCGCGGGGCUGGGUCCGUUCGGACUGGGUUUUGUCCGAAGGAGAGAGGUGGUGCCUCUCAGCAGGUGCGGGCAUAGAGCUGGGUUGCGUCUGGAGGGAUCAAGUUCCCUUUUUUGUUUCCUGAGAAACUGGUUCGAGUAUUCACGGCUACGUUGGCCUUGUUGGGUCGCUGUAUUUCUAGACGGGCGCAAGGGUCUGUCGGCGUAGGGCUAAUAGAGGAGUGAUGUGCGAUAGAGGUUCCAUCCAGGGCUGUUGAGCUUGAUUCUUCUCUGUAGAGACC